AUGAAGUCGACACUUGCCUUCGCUGCCUUCGCUGGCCUCGCGACCCUUUCCGCUGCUGCGCCGUCCCUAGAUAAAAGAGUUUUUGGAAGACACUAUAAUGGAUUCGACAGAAUCAAGUAUCUCUUCGUCUUCGGCGACUCAUACACCAGCACCGGCUUCAACAUGACCAAUGGCUCCCCCCUGCCAUCGGCCUCAAACCCAAUGGGCAACCCCCCUUUCCCAGGCUGGAACUCCGCCAACGGACCAAAUUGGGUCGACUACCUCACCUUCACCUACAAUUCCUCGUUACUCCAGACCUGGAAUCUUGCCUAUGGUGGUGCCACAAUCGACUCAGAACUCGUCCGUCCAUGGCGCGACGAUGUCCUCUCCCUCAAACAACAGGUCCAAGACCUCUUCCUCCCAUACCUCAGCGUCCCACCCCCACGAAGUGCUCACUCUGCCUUUCCACGCUGGAAAUCAGAUACCUCUCUUUUCCUGACCUGGAUCGGAAUCAACGAUAUCGGUAACUCAUGGUGGAACCAGAACACCACUUUCCACGACGUCCUCCUGAACGAAUAUUUUGAUCAUAUGAACUCGCUUUACGAAACCGGUGCUAGGAACUUUGUCUUCAUCAAUGUUCCACCAACAGAUCGUUCCCCCCUCAUCUUGGAACAAGGCGAUUGGUCGACUUCAACACUGAAGGUCAUGUUGAAGGACUUUAACGAUAAGUUGACGAAGAGGGUCGCCAAGUUUGAGAAGGACCACAGGGGUACUUCCACAUGGUUGUUCGAUUCCGUUGGAAUCUUUAACAACAUCCUCGACCACCCCAAGACCGCGGACUGGACUUUCAACAAUGUGACCGAGUACUGUGCAGCUUAUCAGAAUGGAACUCCUGAAUGGGAUACAUUCGACCCUGCUUGCGUCUACCCUGUCGACGAGUACUUCUGGUUGAACUCUCUUCAUCCAACUCACUUUGUACACAAAGAGGUUGCCAAGAAGCUUGCAAAGGCUUUGUAA